AUGACCAUCCCAACCACCACCACCACGCAACCGCCGUUCCUGCGCACCCCCGAAGAGUACAAGGCCCUCUUCGACAGCGUCGACACCUUCCUCCUCGACUGCGAUGGUGUCAUCUACCAUGGCCCCGUCGUUGUUCCCGGCGUCAAAGCCGUUCUUCAGAUGAUGCGUGAUGCCGGAAAGAAGGUCAUCUUCGUGACGAACAACGCGACAAAGUCACGGGCAAUGUACAAGAAGACAUUCGACAAGCUCGACAUUCCCGUGCACGAGAGCGAGAUCUUCGGGUCAGCAUACGCUUCCGCUGUGUACAUGCGUGACGUGCUCAACUUCCCCGCCGAUAAGCGGGUUUACGUGCUUGGCGAGAAGGGACUCGAGGAUGAGUUGGACGCAAAGGGGAUCCAGAGGACGGGCGGGACCGAUCCUGAGGACCGAGUUUUCUUGCCGAGCAUGGACUUUAGCGUGUACCAGCCUGAUCCGAGCAUUGGGGCGGUCUUGUGUGGCUUCGACAGCGGUAUCAACUACAAGAAGCUCUGCAAGGCCUACUCGUACCUCCGCGACGACCCCAACGUCCACUUCCUCCUCACGAACCAGGACAAGACCUUCCCGACACACGGCACGACCUUUGUCGGCUCCGGGUCCCUCUCUGCGCCCCUCGUCUUCGCAUUGCAGGGCAAGCGCGAGCCCACCGUUAUCGGAAAGCCCAACAAGCCGAUGAUGGACGCCAUUAUUGCCGAGCACCACUUUGACCCAGCGCGGGCACUCAUGGUCGGAGAUAAUCUCGCUACGGAUAUCGCCUUCUCCCAGACUUGCGGGAUGCGCUCGCUUCUCGUCAUGGGUGGGGUUACGCACAAGGAGGAGGUAUAUGGCGAGAACCCGUCGCCUGUUGUGCCGACUUUUGUUAUUGAGAGCCUGGGCGACCUCGCAGUGCUCCAGAAGAACUAG